AACGUGUCCUCCAGAAAACAUUUCUCAGUUCCCUUUCACCAGUAGUGAGUUGUGUCGGAUGGAGUUAAAGUUUUAUAUUUAAAAAAAUCCUGAUUUCAUGUGAUUCAAAUGGACCGCGUCGAUUUGAAAAGAGACGGAACUAAUUCAAGAAGAAGCACCAGACAAUUGCGGAGUAAAGGAGUUUUUCCCGUUGAUCUGAGACCGAGAGGAGCUCUGAAGAGGAGGAGAGACAUCAACAGCACUGAGGAGUCGAACACAGAAGAAGGAUCUCCUGAUAAGAUCGCAAAGGUUCAGGUGGAGAAAGAUGCAGGAGACAGACAUCAGAAUGGGGACCAAACUAAUACGGUGGAAAUGGAUGUGGAAGAAUCUGAAGAUCAGAACCAAGACAUGAGUUCAGAGGAUGAAAGUGGAAAUGAGGCAGUCAUGAAGACAAAACCUCCCAUCCAGGAAGAAAGAGUCAUCAAAACACUGCGUGUGGAGAAUCUGGAAACAGAGGAGAUGAGGGUAUUUCUUUUGCGGCAAAGAAAAACAAAUCAAAAGUCACAGGCAACAGACCCUUCCAAACUGACAGCGUGUGGAGACACAGUUCGUGGUUCUCAGAAUUUAUCAAGAGAACCGUCCAGAACAGGCUCUUCUUCUGUCACACUCGAACCCAUAGAGAACAAAGAUAUUUUGACUGUAAGGAGCAGCAUAAGAGACUAUCGAAACAAAAUGGAGGAGAAAGCCAGAGGUGAUUCUGAAGUGGAUUUUAAGAGCAGGGAAAGGUAUCCAUACAGGAAAGGUCACACAACACCCUCCCUCAAGACAAACAACAUUCCUGCAGGAAAACAGCCCCUACGCCAUACAAAGACAGAAGUAAGGAAAAAAGUUAUGACAAAGACAGGUAUAGCUUCGUCCUCAAGAGCAGAUGCAUGGGGUAUAUUCAGGUGGCUUCAGUGGGCUGUGUUCCUGAUAGCCUCACUUGCCUUGGGUUUAAUGGGUUAUCAACAUUUUCCAACCUCAUCAAGAAUAACUGAACAUCAAAACAGAUUGUUGUACAGUGCAAAUUUUGAAACCCACUUAGCUGAACUAAAGGCGCUAUUCUCUAGUCAGCGACCGGAACUCUGGAAAAGGGCUGAGAUCCAUCUUAAGAACCACCUUAAACUGAUUAAUCCAACUGAACCAGUAAGUCUCAUCCUAACUUCUGGUCAUGAUGCUGAGAAGACUCUGGGCUGUCUGGCACAACAUUUAGCUGCAGCCUUUUCCAGCAUCUUCAACUCCUCAGUCCUGAGUAUUGACGCAACCAGCAAAAGUGCACAAGACAGCGACCAGGUUAAGAUGGACAUUGAUAAAACACUGAAAGAGGCCUUUGAGGGCGGUACCCAGGCAGCAGUUAUUCACCGUUUUGAAGAGCUUCCUCCUGGAUCUACACUUAUCUUCUACCGCUAUUGUGAUCAUGAGAAUUCUGCCUUUAAGAAAGUCUUUUUGGUUUUCACUGUCAUGCUCCCUGUUGCUGAACUAGACUUCAAGCUCUGUCUGAGUGCAGUGGAAGAGCAAGUUCAGGAGUACUUAAAAGGGAGGUUUGUCUCCUCUGACAAAACUGUUGAGUUUAACCAGAUGGAUGUAGACAAGCUAAGUGGGCUCUGGAGCAGAAUCUCUCAUCUCAUCCUACCUGUAGCUGCAGAGCAGAAGAUCGAACAGAAUGGCUGUUGAGAGAGAGGAUUCUAAAAACUGAAGGUUUUUAAACCAGAGUUUUGCUACUGGAUCAUGUAAUUAUUGUGAUUGUGCAGCUAAAUGGCUGGUGCUGUGCUCACUUAGCCAGGUUUUCCGAUCUAAUUGUCAAGACUAAAUCUGUAAGUCUAGUUUUCUUCUAACAUCUUGGACAUAUGCAACAAGAUCUCUAGAAGGUCAUGCACUUAAUGUCAUGGCACCGGUGUUGAAAUAAUGCCAUGUUAAAAAUCUUUAUUAUAAAGUGUAAAUAUAUCAAUACUUUGUUAUGCAGUUUUGUCCAACAUUCCUUCUUCAUUUCAUUAUAAUUCCGAUUUUUAUUAUUUCUCUAAUAUACUCUCUACAAACUAGCUAGAGUCAUCACGAAACUAUACACAAAGCUCACUUUCAACAGCAGUGCAGGUUUAAGAGUCAGCUCUUUGCACCAGUGGAUGAACCGACAGAAUUUAUGUUGUGGAUUUAUUUUUCUAGUAGCUCAGAUUGAAUUUAGCACAAGCCUUGAGGAGUUUUGGCUGUAAGUUUAUGCUUUGUUCUGGCUCAAAAUUGUGCAUUUCACUAAAUAUGUAAAUAUUAAAACUAGAAUGUCUUUUUGUA